GAGCCGGCGCUGGGUCCUGCAGUAGGGCUCCCGGGAGCCACCAUCAUGGUGAAGAGGAAGAGCUCCGAGGGCCAGGAGCAGGACAGCGGCCGCGGCAUCCCGCUGCCCAUCCAGACCUUCCUGUGGCGCCAAACCAGUGCAUUUUUGAGGCCUAAACUGGGGAAGCAAUAUGAAGCUUCUUGUGUGUCCUUUGAACGAGUGUUGGUGGAAAACAAGCUGCAUGGCCUCUCUCCAGCCCUUUCUGAAGCCAUCCAGAGCAUUUCCAGAUGGGAACUGGUGCAAGCUGCUUUGCCUCAUGUUCUCCACUGUACUGCAACCCUGCUUUCCAACCGGAACAAGCUAGGCCACCAAGAUAAGCUSGGUGUCGCUGAGACCAAACUUCUUCACACCCUGCACUGGAUGCUCCUAGAGGCUCCCCAGGACUGCAACAGUGAGCGGUUUGGGGGCACAGACCGAGGCUCCAGCUGGGGUGGCAGCAGCAGCGCUUUCAUCCAYCAGAUUGAAAACCAGGGUUCUCCAGGUCAGCCCUGCCAGAGCAGCUCCAAUGAUGAAGAGGAGAACAACCGGAGGAAGAUCUUCCAGAACUCCAUGUCUACUGUGGAGCUCUUUGUGUUUCUGUUUGCUCCUCUGGUACACAGAAUUAAGGAAUCUGACCUCACCUUCCGAUUGGCCAGUGGGCUUGUUAUAUGGCAGCCUAUGUGGGAGCACAGACAGCCGGAAGUCUCUGGCUUCACAGCAUUGGUAAAACCCAUCAGGAACAUCAUUACAGCCAAGAGAAGUUCUCCUAUAAACAGUCAAAGUCUGACCUGUGAAUCACCAAAUCAGGAGACAAGACACCGAGAGGGACUCCAGGUGGUCUGUGAAACUUUGCAGUCUGAUUCUAUCUCACCCAAGGCCACCAUUUCAGGCUGCCACCGAGGAAACUCCUUUGAUGGAAGCUUGUCCUCCCAAACUUCCCAGGAAAGAGGCCCAUCACAGUCCAGGGCCUCUCUGGUGAUACCUCCAUGCCAAAGAUCCCGCUAUGCCACCUACUUUGAUGUUGCUGUUCUCCGCUGCCUACUCCAGCCCCACUGGUCUGAAGAAGGCACCCAGUGGUCUCUGAUGUACUAUCUACAAAGGCUGCGGCAUAUGUUGGAAGAGAAGCCAGAGAAGGCUCCAGAGCCAGAUAUUCCUCUCCUGCCCAGACCCAGGAGUAGUUCAAUGGUGGCGGCAGCACCCUCACUAGUGAACACUCACAAAACCCAAGAUCUCACCAUGAAGUGUAAUGAAGAAGAAAAAUCUCUUAGCCCUGAGGCCUUUUCCAAGGUUUCAUUGACCAAUCUGCGMAGGUCUGCAGUACCAGAUCUUUCUUCAGACCUGGGUAUGAACAUUUUUAAAAAGUUCAAGAGCCGUAAGGAAGACCGAGAGAGGAAAGGCUCCAUUCCAUUCCACCACACCGGGAAGAGGAGGCCCCGAAGAAUGGGUGUGCCAUUCCUGCUUCAUGAGGACCACCUGGAUGUGUCCCCCACUCGUAGCACAUUCUCCUUUGGAAGUUUCUCUGGGCUUGGAGAAGACAGGMGAGGCAUCGAAAAAGGAGGCUGGCCAACCACCAUUUUAGGGAAACUGACGCGGCGGGGCAGUUCAGAUGCAGCUACUGAGAUGGAGAGCCUGAGCGCCAGGCACUCCCACUCCCACCACACUCUGGUGAGCGACCUGCCUGACCCCUCCAACAGCCACGGAGAAAACACAGUCAAGGAAGUGCGAUCCCAGAUCUCUACUAUCACAGUAGCAACCUUCAAUACCACAUUGGCAUCAUUCAACGUAGGCUACGCAGACUUUUUCAAUGAGCAUAUGAGGAAGCUCUGCAACCAAGUGCCUAUCCCAGAGAUGCCUCACGAACCGCUGGCCUGUGCUAACCUGCCUCGAAGCCUCACAGACUCCUGCAUUAAUUACAGCUACCUGGAGGACACAGAGCAUAUCGAUGGGACCAACAACUUUGUCCACAAGAAUGGAAUGCUUGAUCUUUCCGUGGUUCUGAAGGCUGUUUAUCUUGUCCUUAACCAUGACAUCAGCUCUCGAAUCUGUGAUGUGGCACUAAACAUUGUGGAAUGCUUGCUUCAACUUGGUGUAGUACCAUGUGUAGAAAAGAACAGAAAGAAGAGUGAAAACAAGGAAAAUGAGACUGUGGAAAAGAGACCAAGUGAAGGAACUUUCCAGUUCAAAGGAGUAUCUGGAAGUUCUACCUGUGGAUUUGGGGGCCCUUCCAUUAGUGGAGCUGGAGAUGGUGGAGGAGAAGAAGGAGGAGGUGGUGAUGGAGGAGGUGGAGGAGGUGAUGGAGGAGGAGGUGGAGGAGGUGGAGGAGGCCCUUAUGAGAAGAAUGAUAAGAACCAAGAGAAGGAUGAAAGUACACCUGUAAGCAACCAUAGGCUUGCUCUCACCAUGCUCAUCAAAAUAGUGAAGUCUUUGGGAUGUGCCUAUGGUUGCGGAGAAGGACACCGAGGGAUCUCGGGAGAUCGUCUGAGACACCAGGUAUUCCGAGAGAAUGCCCAGCACUGCCUCACUAAGCUAUACAAGCUAGAUAAGAUGCAAUUCCGACAAACCAUGAGGGACUAUGUGAACAAGGACUCUCUGAAUAAUGUAGUGGACUUCUUGCAUGCUUUGCUAGGAUUUUGUAUGGAGCCGGUCACUGACAACAAGGCUGGGUUUGGAAAUAACUUCACCACAGUGGACAACAAAUCCUCCGCCCAAAAUGUGGAAGGCAUUAUCGUCAGUGCCAUGUUUAAAUCCCUCAUCACCCGCUGUGCCUCCACCACACACGAACUGCACAGUCCUGAGAAUCUGGGAUUAUAUUGUGACAUCCGUCAGCUGGUCCAGUUCAUCAAAGAAGCUCAUGGUAAUGUCUUCAGGAGAGUGGCUCUUAGUGCUUUGCUUGACAGUGCUGAGAAGUUAGCACCAGGGAAAAAAGUGGAAGAGAAUGAACAGGAACCUAAGCCUGCAGGCAGUAAAAGGUCAGAGGCAGGAAGCAUUGUGGAUAAAGGCCAGGUGUCCUCUGCCCCUGAGGAAUGUCGCAGCUUCAUGUCUGGUCGCCCCUCACAGACUCCAGAGCACGAUGAACAAAUGCAAGGGGGCAACCUGGGGCGGAAAGAUUUCUGGCGCAAGAUGUUCAAAUCACAGAGUGCAGCAAGUGACACCAGCAGCCAGUCUGAGCAGGACACCUCAGAAUGCACCACUGCCCACUCAGGGAACACCUCCGACAGGCGUGCCCGCUCACGGUCCCGCAGAAUUUCCCUCCGGAAGAAGCUUAAACUCCCCAUAGGAAACUGGCUGAAACGAUCCUCCCUCUCGGGCCUGGCAGAUGGUGUGGAGGACCUCCUGGACAUCAGCUCUGUGGACCGCCUGUCUUUCAUCAGGCAAAGCUCCAAGGUCAAAUUCACCAGUGCUGUAAAGCUUUCAGAAAGUGGGCCAGGAAGUGGAAUGGAAAAUGGAAGAGAAGAGGAGGAUAAUUUCUUCAAACGUCUUGGUUGCCAUAGUUUUGAUGACCAUCUUUCUCCCAACCAAGAUGGUGGAAAAAGCAAAAAUGUGGUGAAUCUUGGAGCAAUCCGACAAGGCAUGAGACGCUUCCAGUUUCUGUUAAACUGCUGUGAGCCAGGGACAAUACCUGAUGCAUCCAUCCUGGCMGCUGCUUUGGAUCUAGAAGCCCCUGUGGUGGCCCGAGCAGCCUUGUUCCUGGAAUGUGCCCGUUUUGUUCACCGCUGCAACAGAGGCAACUGGCCAGAGUGGAUGAAAGGGCACCAUGUGAACAUUACUAAGAAGGGCCUUUCCCGGGGAMGGUCCCCCAUCGUGGGCAACAAGCGGAACCAGAAGCUGCAGUGGAAUGCUGCCAAGCUCUUCUACCARUGGGGAGACGCAAUUGGCGUCCGGUUGAAUGAGCUGUGUCAUGGGGAGAGUGAGAGCCCAGCCAACCUGCUAGGCCUCAUUUAUGAUGAGGAGACCAAGAGGAGACUGAGAAAGGAGGAUGAGGAGGAAGACUUUUUAGAUGACAGUACUGUGAACCCCUCUAAAUGUGGCUGCCCCUUUGCCUUGAAGAUGGCAGCUUGUCARCUUCUCCUGGAGAUUACCACCUUCCUGAGAGAGACCUUUUCUUGCCUGCCCAGACCUCGUACUGAGCCACUGGGGGACUUGGAGAGCUGCAGACUUCGUCUGGAUCCUGAGUUGGACCGGCACAGAUAUGAAAGGAAGAUCAGCUUCGCAGGGGUCCUGGAUGAAAAUGAAGAUUCAAAAGAUUCUCUCCAUAGCAGCAGCCACACCCUCAAAUCAGACACAGGGUUGGAAGAGAAGAAAGUUCCCAGCAGGAAGAUCAGGAUAGGAGGUUCUCGCCUGCUCCAGAUUAAAGGAACCCGCAGUUUCCAGGUGAAGAAGGGGGGUUCCUUGUCCAGCAUUCGCCGAGUCGGCAGCUUAAAGAGCAGCAAGUUAUCACGUCAGGACUCAGAGUCUGAGGCUGAGGAGCUGCAGCUGUCCCAGAGCAGGGACACUGUCACUGACCUAGAAGGGAGUCCUUGGAGUGCAAGUGAGCCCAGCAUUGAGCCAGAGGGAAUGAGCACUGCUGGCACCGAGGAGAACUACCACAGGAACAUGUCCUGGCUUCACGUCAUGAUCUUGCUAUGCAAUCAACAGAGUUUCAUCUGCACACAUGUGGACUACUGUCAUCCACACUGCUAUCUGCACCACAGCCGCUCCUGUGCCCGGCUGGUCAGGGCCAUUAAGCUGCUGUACGGAGACAGCUUAGACUCCCUGAGGGAGAGCAGCAACACCAGCAAUGUGGCUCUGCGGGGCAAGAAACAGAAAGAGUGCUCAGAUAAGUCAUGCCUGAGGACACCUUCUCUGAAGAAGAGAGCUUCAGAUGCCAACCUGGAAGGAAAAAAGGAUUCUGGGAUGCUGAAAUACAUCAGACUUCAGGUGAUGAGCUUGUCGCCUGCUCCUUUAUCUCUUUUAAUCAAGGCAGCUCCAAUUCUGACAGAGGAGAUGUAUGGUGAUAUCCAGCCAGCAGCCUGGGAGCUCCUGCUCAGCAUGGAUGAGCACAUGGCAGGGGCAGCAGCUGCCAUGUUCCUGCUGUGUGCUGUGAAGGUUCCUGAAGCUGUGUCUGACAUGUUGAUGUCAGAGUUCCACCACCCAGAGACUGUSCAGAGACUGAAUGCUGUCCUCAAAUUCCACACGCUCUGGAGGUUUCGCUAUCAGGUCUGGCCCCGGAUGGAGGAGGGAGCACAGCAGAUUUUUAAGAUCCCGCCUCCCAGUAUCAACUUCACCCUGCCCUCCCCAGUGCUUGGAAUGCCAUCUGUCCCAAUGUUUGACCCUCCAUGGGUCCCUCAGUGCAGUGGGAGUGUCCAGGACCCCAUUAAUGAAGAUCAGUCUAAAUCCUUUUCUGCCCGGGCUGUCUCUCGCUCUCAUCAAAGAGCAGAACAUAUCUUAAAGAACUUGCAGCAGGAGGAAGAGAAGAAACGCCUGGGUCGAGAAGCCAGCCUCAUUACUGCCAUCCCCAUCACCCAGGAGGCUUGCUAUGAGCCCACCUGCACACCCAACUCAGAGCCGGAAGAAGAAGAAGAAGUCACCAAUCUGGCAUCCCGCCGACUGUCCGUGAGCCCCUCCUGCACCUCGAGCACCUCCCACAGGAAUUACUCCUUCCGCCGGGGGUCGGUCUGGUCGGUGCGUUCAGCUGUCAGCGCGGAAGAUGAGGAGCACACCACGGAACACACACCAAACCACCAUGUGCCACAGCCCCCACAGGCCGUGUUCCCUGCAUGCAUCUGUGCAGCAGUGCUGCCCAUCGUUCAUCUCAUGGAGGACGGUGAGGUGCGGGAGGACGGAGUAGCAGUGAGUGCUGUGGCCCAACAAGUCUUAUGGAAUUGUCUAAUUGAAGAUCCAUCAACUGUUCUUCGACAUUUUCUGGAAAAACUGACAAUCAGCAAUAGACAAGAUGAAUUAAUGUACAUGCUGCGCAAACUUCUCUUAAACAUUGGAGACUUUCCUGCUCAGACAUCUCAUAUCCUAUUCAACUACUUGGUGGGACUGAUCAUGUACUUCGUGCGAACCCCUUGUGAAUGGGGGAUGGAUGCCAUUUCAGCCACUCUGACUUUCCUGUGGGAGGUGGUUGGGUACGUGGAGGGCCUUUUCUUCAAGGACCUCAAGCAGACAAUGAAGAAGGAACAGUGUGAAGUAAAGCUCCUGGUGACUGCUUCAAUGCCAGGUACCAAAACGUUGGUAGUUCAUGGACAAAAUGAGUGUGACAUUCCAACCCAGUUACCAGUCCAUGAAGACACUCAGUUUGAAGCCCUGUUGAAGGAGUGUCUGGAGUUUUUCAACAUCCCUGAAUCCCAGUCCACACAUUAUUUCCUGAUGGAUAAGCGAUGGAAUCUUAUCCACUACAAUAAGACCUAUGUUCGAGAUAUUUAUCCCUUCCGGAGGUCAGUAUCUCCACAGCUGAACCUUGUACACAUGCGUCCAGAGAAGGGACAGGAGCUCAUUCAGAAACAGGUGUUCACCAGGAAGCUGGAGGAGGUGGGGCGGGUGUUGUUUCUCAUCUCCCUCACGCAGAAGAUCCCCACAGCCCACAAACAGUCCCAUGUCUCCAUGCUUCAGGAAGACCUCCUCCGCCUGCCCUCAUUCCCUCGGAGUGCGAUAGAUGCCGAAUUCUCACUCUUCAGUGAUCCUCAAGCUGGGAAGGAACUGUUUGGCCUUGACACACUUCAGAAAAGCUUGUGGAUCCAGCUCCUGGAAGAGAUGUUCCUGGGCAUGCCAAGCGAAUUCCCCUGGGGAGAUGAAAUCAUGCUUUUCCUCAACGUUUUCAACGGCGCUCUGAUCCUUCACCCAGAAGACAGUGCCCUGCUCAGGCAGUACGCUGCCACCGUCAUCAACACCGCCGUGCACUUCAAUCACCUCUUCUCUCUCAGUGGCUACCAGUGGAUUCUCCCCACCAUGCUGCAGGUAUACUCUGACUAUGAAAGCAAUCCCCAGUUACGUCAAGCCAUCGAAUUUGCCUGCCACCAGUUCUACAUUCUGCACCGCAAGCCCUUUGUGCUCCAGCUGUUUGCUAGUGUGGCCCCUCUCUUGGAGUUUCCUGAUGCUGCCAAUAAUGGGCCCAACAAAGGUGUGUCGGCUCAGUGCCUAUUUGACUUGCUACAGUCCCUGGAAGGAGAGACCACUGACAUAUUAGACAUCCUAGAGCUGGUCAAAGCUGAGAAGCCUCUCAAGUCAUUAGAUUUCUGCUAUGGAAAUGAAGAUCUGACCUUCUCUAUCAGUGAAGCCAUUAAGCUCUGUGUCACUGUGGUGGCGUAUGCUCCUGAAUCAUUCAGAAGUCUUCAGAUGCUGAUGGUCUUGGAAGCUUUAGUUCCAUGUUACCUGCAAAAGCUAAAGAGGCAGACAUCACAGGUGGAGACAGUACCUGCUGCUCGAGAGGAGAUUGCUGCCACAGCUGCUCUUGCAACAUCCUUACAAGCACUUUUGUACAGUGUGGAAGUCCUCACCAGGCCCAUGACAGCCCCACAGAUGAGCAGGUGUGAUCAAGGUCACAAGGGGACCACCACAGCCAAUCAUACCAUGUCUUCUGGAGUGAACACCAGGUACCAGGAGCAAGGAGCCAAACUGCACUUUAUCAGGGAAAACCUUCAUUUAUUGGAGGAAGGUCAGGGUCUUCCUAGAGAGGAACUGGAUGAACGAAUUGCUCGGGAAGAGUUCAGAAGACCCCGGGAAUCCCUGCUGAAUAUUUGCACAGAAUUCUAUAAGCACUGUGGACCAAGGCUGAAGAUCUUGCAAAACCUGGCUGGGGAGCCACGGGUCACUGCAUUGGAGCUGCUGGAUGUGAAGUCCCAUAUGAGGUUGGCAGAAAUUGCACAUUCCCUUCUGAAGUUGGCACCCUAUGACACCCAGACGAUGGAAAGCCGUGGGCUUCGGCGCUACAUCAUGGAGAUGCUACCCAUUACCGACUGGACAGCUGAGGCAGUGAGACCAGCCCUUAUCCUCAUUCUAAAGAGAUUGGAUAGAAUGUUCAACAAAAUUCAUAAGAUGCCAACUUUGAGGCGACAGGUUGAGUGGGAGCCUGCCAGCAAUUUGAUUGAAGGGGUUUGUUUGACACUUCAGAGGCAGCCAAUCAUAUCCUUCCUGCCUCACCUUAGGUCACUGAUCAAUGUCUGUGUCAAUCUGGUGAUGGGAGUGGUAGGACCUUCCAGUGUUGCUGAUGGAUUACCCCUUCUUCAUCUCAGCCCUUAUCUCUCACCACCUCUGCCCUUCAGCACAGCUGUUGUCCGGCUUGUAGCAUUGCAGAUACAGGCACUAAAAGAAGAUUUUCCUUUAAGCCAUGUGAUCUCCCCAUUCACCAAUCAAGAGCGAAGGGAAGGGAUGCUUUUAAAUCUACUCAUCCCAUUUGUGCUCACAGUAGGAUCUGGAAGCAAAGAUAGCCCAUGGCUGGAGCAGCCUGAGGUGCAGCUGCUGCUGCAGACGGUCAUUAAUGUGCUUCUGCCACCCCGGAUCAUCAGCACUUCUAGGAGCAAGAACUUCAUGUUGGAGAGCUCCCCUGCCCACUGCUCCACCCCUGGGGAUGCAGGAAAGGAUCUGCGMAGGGAAGGGCUGGCUGAGUCCACCAGCCAAGCAGCAUACCUGGCUCUGAAGGUGAUUCUCGUCUGCUUUGAGAGGCAGCUGGGAAGCCAGUGGUACUGGUUGAGCCUGCAGGUGAAGGAGAUGGCUCUGCGGAAGGUGGGCGGCCUGGCCCUGUGGGACUUCCUCGACUUCAUUGUGCGGACCCGGAUACCCAUUUUCGUGCUCUUGCGCCCUUUCAUCCAGUGCAAGCUUCUGGCCCAACCAGCAGAGAAUCAUGAAGAACUUUCUGCUCGGCAACACAUUGCUGACCAGCUGGAGCGGCGCUUCAUACCACGCCCUUUGUGCAAGAGUUCACUCAUUGCUGAGUUCAAUAGUGAACUAAAAAUUCUAAAAGAAGCGGUUCACAGUGGUUCAGCCUACCAAGGGAAGACAUCCAUCAGUACUGUGGGCACCUCCACCUCUGCUUACCGCUUGAGCCUGGCCACCAUGUCCCGCUCUAACACGGGCACAGGCACUGUCUGGGAGCAGGACAGCGAGCCAUCCCAGCAGGCUUCCCAGGAUACCCUGAGUCGGACUGACGAGGAGGAUGAAGAAAACGACUCUGUAAGCAUGCCCAGUGUGGUAAGUGAACAGGAAGCUUACCUCCUGAGUGCCACUGGAAGACGUCGAUUCUCCAGCCAUGUCUCCAGCAUGUCUGCACCUCAGGCUGAGGUGGGCAUGUUACCCAGCCAGAGUGAACCUAAUGUCCUCGAUGACUCCCAGGGCCUGGCCGCUGAGGGCAGCCUCUCUAGGGUGGCAAGUGUGCAGAGUGAACCUGGCCAGCAGAACCUUCUCAUUCAGCAGCCACUGGGGAGGAAGAGGGGUUUGAGGCAGCUAAGACGUCCCCUACUGUCACGGCAGAAGACUCAGACUGAACCCAAAAACAGACAUGGGGCUCGGCUGUCAACCACUCGCAGGAGUAUUCAACCUAAGACGAAGCCAUCUGUGGAUCAGAAACGAUCUGUUACCUUCAUUGAGUCUCAGCCAGAGCCAACCGCUGCCCCAACAGACACGCUUCCUGCCAUAGGUCAACCACAGGGCUGCAGCCCAGCCCUGUGCAGGAAACCAGAAGGAUUAGACAAACCAGUCCUCACGUCUUCCCCGGCCAUAGUUGUUGCGGAUCUCCACAGCUUAUCUCCCAAGAGUGAACCCCUCCCUACUGAAGAAGGAGAAAAGAAGGAGGACACAGAAGCACAAGGUGCUGCAGCACACAGCCCCCUCUCUCCUCAGCUUUCAGACCCUGAUGACUUCACAGGCCUUGAGACAUCCAGCCUCCUACAGCAUGGAGACACUGUGCUUCACAUCAGCGAGGAAAAUGGCAUGGAGAAUCCCCUGUUGUCUAGCCAGUUCACUUUUACUCCUGAGCUGGGAGAGACAGAUGUAGUCCUAGAUGAGUCUCAUGUUUAGUUCUGUAUCUUGUUAGUAUUGAAGGUAUAGAGAAGACAGGGAGAGGAUCACUCUGCUGAAAGUUGAAUACUUUUGCUUUUAAUUAAAAAGAUUAAUUAUAAAACAGCACUUUACAUCCAAUGAGCGGCACAAAUCUGAGUAGAUUUUGCUGCUAAUAUACCUAGUUAUGUAGGUUUCAUAAACAUCUUGAAAAUCAAAGGCUAAAAGGAUUUAGUUGUGUAAAGACCAGAAAAACCAGGGAAGAAUAAGGGGAAAGAGCCAUUUCACURUACUUUGUGAUUCAAGAAGCCUUGAGCAGUUAAAAGUCUAUACUAUUAGAGCACUGCUUUCACAGGAAUAUUAACAAAUAAUAUAUUCUAAGAAAAGAAUGCAAUUUUUUGAGGUUGUAUCACAUUAUACAUCUCAUGCAAAUGUUUAUUUUUAUA